CGGGCCAACAACAAAAAAAAUUUUUGACGCAAGUUUUUUGGCCUCCUGCAGCUCGAGGGGGAGCAGAAAAUAGUAGAAGACGAGAACGAGAACGUGUCCACGUUGGAGCGAAAACGCCACACGUCAGCGUUCUGGAGUAGCACGCUUUCCCAGCGCGCCAGUCACUGCACAGCAAACGGCAGCUAUACUCAACAGUCGCAGAUCAACUGCAGUCGCGCUCGCCACGACGCACUUCGCAAACGCCGCUUGUGCCUCGAGGAUGGCGGCGUCGGGCCGUGCUACUGGCUCCGCUGGCGCUGGCCUCAACGCCGGUCUCUCCAGGGACGACGACGACCGGAUGAGCGCUCACAACGGCUACACCACGCUGCGGAGGGACGAUUGCGAGCUGUCGACGAGCAGCAGCAGCGGCGGGGACGAUGACUGCACCAGCAGCGGCGACAGCAGCAAUAGCAGCGACAGCGGAAACAGCCACGUGGCGCAGGCCGGCGCGUCCCAGUCCGAGGACGUCGACAUCGAAGACGUGCCGACUGCCUCCAGCGUCGCAGCCGUUGCCGCCUUCAUGGCGAGCGAGCCACAGUUGGGAAUCUGGAUCCAGGGGAGAGUCGAACGACCGGCGGACUUUCCCAGUGACCACCCGGACGAAGUUCACGACUGGAGCGGUUGGCCCAAGUUUGCUCCCAAGAAGAACGCGGACCAACAGCGUGCUGCGAUCGUGCCGAGCCUGCCGGCCAAGGUUCCCCACGUCGCGCUCGUGAACCAGCACGAGUUCCUGCUGCCCAAGAUGGAACUGCUGAUCCACACACAGGGCAGGCUCAUGCAGCCAGCGCCUUCGUUCCGCUGUACCAACUUGGUGGACGACCUGCAGUACACGGCUUGGCUCACCUUCACUAAUUCCGUUGGGGGCGAAUGCGUUGGUCAGUACUCCCACCCGGAUUCACCGCAUCCCGGUUCUUCGUGGAACGGCCGGGUGCUGUCGUUUUCUCGGUUAAAGCUCUUCUCCUACGACGGCUUCACCUCUAAACUGCCUCCGAUCACCCUGAAGUGUAACAACAGUUACCGAAUCCAAGUGAACGUUGGAAUCGUGGACAACAGCGGACACAUCUUGAGCAGGUCGGUCGUCCGCCGCUUUGUCGGUGCCCACUUCAUUGCCGUCACCCAGUUCAGCAAAAAACCUAGCUGAGGAAACCACGACCAGAGCUUCAUCUUCAUGUUUUUUUUUCUCGCCCAUCCAAGCAACAAGGGAUUCAAGACUAAGGCACGCUAAUUUAAUAAUAUAUACACUGCACUCUUUUCACGACUUUCAUUGUUUCUGUGAUAAAAGUAAUAAAGACACAUUUGCCGGUA